AUGGGCCUCGACAGAGAAGCAGAAUUCCUGAACGUGCUUGUGCUCGCAAGCUUGUUCUACAACACUCUCAAGUCAUUCGACAACAUCCACAGCUCGCUCAAUGACUUCAAGGAUGAGAAGGUUUACCUUGCUCAGCUUGGUAUCGAGCAAGCAAGACUCUUGAUCUGGGGCGAGCAGAUGGGUAUCUUCUCUUUGCCGCCAUCGCUUACUUUCCUCGAGACCGAGGAGGGUAGACAGAACAUGACACCUCGCGACUCCCGUCUCGACGACGAUGAGGUCAGAGUCAAUCUCGAGGGCUUGAUGAACAGCAUUAUCCACACUCUGAGCAACCCCAACGACAACGAUGCCGACCUUGAUACCACCGGUCUCAGACCCCUUCCUCGUGGCGGCGCACAAGCACUUGAGCAGCCAGCUGCUGACUUGACCCGCAUGAAGAACUUCGAAGAUUCCUACAAGCACCUUGUCCAGUUGGCAUCCAACAAGGUGUCAGUCAAGAGACCAAACUCGCUUGCAUCGCAGCAGUGGGUUAUCCACGACACUCUGCGCUUCUCCAACUUCGUCAAGUCCACCAAGCGCCAGGUCGACACCCUGUUGCUGGCUCUCAACAUCAACGACAGAGUUGAGAACAUCCUUCUGGGCGAUAUCCGCGACCUGGGCAAGCACGCCGGUGGCUCUCCUGGCAGCAAGCCUUCACCAUCAGCAGUCAAGGACAUGGCUAAGCUGAAGCUUCUCAUCAGAGCAUGCAAGGGUCGCUACCCAGCACUGCUGAACGAGGCACAGCAAACCUUCAACGCCCUCCAGAAGGGUGUCAGUGUAGAGCACGACAUGGCUGCCAAGGUGCACAAGCUUCUCGAGCCUGUCCACCCCGACUCAGCAGUCGCCAGCGCAACAAACAGCGGCGCCGCAACACCCGAAAAGAGACCUGGAUUCAUCCGCAGAUUGAGCACACAGACAUGGAACAAGCUGCCUGGAAGAAAGACACCCAGCUCGAGUCGCCCAUCCUCUCCUGAGCGCAGAAAGUCGUUGGUUGGACGUAAGACACCAGCUGCCAGUCGACCCGCCUCUCCCGUACAGGAAUAG